AUGGAUCAGGCACCGGCAAAAGAGGUGACGAUCGAGCAGAAGCGGAAAUGUGAAGGCGCAGACUGCGAGAAUGAUGCGGGCUCUCUGCAGUGUCCGACGUGUCAAAAGCUCGGGAAGGACUCGUACUUCUGCAGUCAAGAUUGCUUCAAAAGAAAUUGGGUAGGUCAGUGCUUCGAGUCGCGAAGCUGGCACAGUCGACAUGGGGGACAGUCACAUGCUGGCGGUUGGGCUAAGGUAAUGGCUGACUGAUGUCCGCCGUAGAGUACACAUAAGACGUUGCACAAGGCGCAGAACAGUAUGCUCUCCAAAGUCAUCCCUCCGCGCGUCAUAUCCUUACCAGACGCAGAUGGUCAUUUCAACCCAUUCCCGUCAUACCCUUUUACUGGUCCGCUCAGACCUGUAUACCCACUCUCUGCACGACGGACAGUCCCAGAUCGGAUAAAGCAUCCCGAUUAUGCGUCCAACGGCAUUCCCAGGAGCGAGCAGGUAGGCUGAUACGAAAGAGUCUAACGACAAGGCGGCCAGAGCUGAUUUGAGCAGAUGAUUGUCGGUCGCAACAAGGUCAAGGUCUUGACGAAGCAGGAGCAAGAUGGUAUGCGUAAGGUGUGUCGGAUGGCUCGUGAGGUGCUCGAUAUCGCUGCACGGGCGGCGAAGCCUGGUGUUACGACCGAUGAAAUCGAUAAGAUCGUUCACGAUGCGUGUGUAGAGCGAGACGUAAGUUCUGCGGCAGUCUGGGCUCGAUCUACGCUAACGAACAUCAAAGUCCUAUCCCUCUCCGCUCAACUACUGCCACUUUCCGAAGUCGGUCUGUACCAGUCCGAACGAAGUCAUUUGUCACGGCAUCCCUGAUCACCGGCCGCUUCAAGAUGGCGACAUUCUCAAUAUCGAUGUCACGCUUUACCACGGAGGCUUUCACGGUGACUUGAACGAAACGUACUACAUCGGCGAGUCUGCGGCAAAGAAUCCAGAUAAUGUACGUGUGGUUGAAGCUUCACGAGACUCCCUGGAUGAGGCGAUCAACCUGGUGAAGCCCGGAGCGCUGUUCCGGGACUACGGCAAUACGAUCGAAAAGGUUGCCAAGUCACGAAACUGUCAGGUGGUCAAGACGUAUUGCGGACACGGCAUCAACCAGCUGUUCCACUGCGCACCAAACGUGCCUCACUACGCAAAGAACAAGGCUAUCGGAGAAGCGAAACCAGGCAUGUGCUUCACGAUUGAGCCCAUGAUCACCCUAGGCACAUACAAGGACCAGACGUGGCCGGACGACUGGACAUCUGUCACUAGGGAUGGCACGCGCACGGCUCAAUUCGAGCACACAUUAUUGGUGACGGAGACAGGUGUUGAGAUCUUGACGGCACGGCUGGAGGAUUCGCCGGGAGGGAAAGUGCAGAUGCCUGAGGGUUUCUCGGCCGACGGCAAGAAAGUCGAGGCGAAGGGCACCGCCGCAACGAAUGGAUCAAAUAGCUGA